UUAUUAGUUUAUUGAGUUUAACCGACGAGUCGCCUAUGACAAUUUUUGACAUUUAGAGAUAACUCGUUUAACCUCACUUUUCUGUGCAUAUUUUCCACAAGAAACACACUCAAUAUUCUAUAAAAUGGGCAGUUGGCGUCUCGAAAUUGGCAAAAUGGCACUUUAUAUCACUUUCCCUGUGGCCAUGUUUCAUUAUUUCAACCAACCAGAAUUAUUCGAGGAAUGGGUCGUAAAGACUAGACGGGAGCUCUACCCCCCAGAAAACACCACCCAACAACGGGAAUUCCUCGAAGCCAUUCAGAAAAUUAAAGCCAAACAAGAAGCCGACCGGAUCAAGGCCUUAGAACGCAGUGGAGGGUAAUUAAUAGACAAUUGUUACAUUUAAAAGUAUUUAAUAAAAAGUUUGUUCGGAAACAUUGCAUCAUAAAUUAUGUUUUAAGAAAAUAUAGUCAACAUGUCUAAAUAGG